UACAUAAAAAAUGUGUUGUCAACGUGCCAUAUUAUUACAAAAUUAAUUCAAUGUGAGAAUAAUUAUUCUAAACAUAAAAUGAUUACGUUGCCAAAAACCAAGAGGGAUCCAAAAAAGGUCGAGGGGCUUUGCAAGUGCCGCCCUAUAUGCAAGAGCAGAAGACGAGAAUGGAAGGGUGAAGUCCAGGUAACUUCGGAAGAACUUCUCUUGGAGAGGAAGCCGGUCCCUGAAUGCUUCCGGCGACGUCCUAGAGAAGUCUUCCCCAACGGCCCGUGCCCCCUCCACGGUCGAAGCAAACACCUCAAUAUUAGGGAGCGCUACGCAGAACGCAAACCCCACGUCGUGCGCAUCUGCCAGGCCCCAUUGGACGUUGGUGUGGAGACCCCUUAUCUGGACUUUGUCACGCAAGUUAUUGAACUUGGCGCCCUGCCAUUGUUAGGUAAAACUUGGUGCGCGUUCUGCAACUGCGGAGCUUGUUGUGACUGCAGCGACUUAAACUACGAGCCGGAAGACGCGGAACGCGCUGCGCGUCGACGCGAGCACAUGCGCGAGUUCGAUCGGCGCGUGCGUGGGCUGCAAGAGUCGCGUAUGAUGUAUAACUGAUGGACGUA